AUGGCUAGACUAGAUAACUCACAAUUUUUGCAUGAGUUAAACCAAGUGGUGACCACCAACAAUGGUAAAUCAUCCAUCUACUUGACUCAAAAACGAUUGACUUCAUCUGAAGUGCAAGGUAUAAACCUGUCGAGCAUUGACGAUCUCCCAACAAAUGUCAUACCCAACCAAAAAAUACAGAAUAGCACCUCAUACCCCGUUCUUAUUAGAGUUGCAAUGAAUAGCAAAAGCAACAAGGACAAGAAACAAUCGAAAUUGAAGAUUUCCACCGUUGUGGAAGCAGAACAAUUGAACCAGUUUUGGCAGCAGUAUAUACGAGUGUUGAAGAAUGGGCUUGUUGGAUUGAAAAAGAAGGAGAAGAAAAAGGGUAAGAAGAGCAAGGUGGCCAAGUAA